CUUCGUGGCUGGUGUCGCAGGAGGAGUUGCGUGUGUGUUCAUGCGGCGUGUGUGAGUCCAUCCCCCAUACAGAGCGUUUUCAGUGCGUUAAUUCACCGGUAAGCCAUGGGCUGGGACAGGUUUAUCAUUGCAGACUCAGAGUUUGCUGGGAUAUACUUUAAUUUGCCCACAGUCAGAUUUAUAUAUUUUAGAAAAUAUUUUGUCCCUUAAAUUCAAUGCAUUUUGUCUGCAGCCUUGUACAGUGGGUUCAGAUAAAGCACAAACCCAAAUAAAGGCUGGGGCAGACAUGCUGCAAACAGAAAUAAAUUAGUAAAACCAAGGCAGCUUGUUUGGAAUUUCCCCCCCUUAAUUAAUGAGUUGAGGGCUUCCUGCUGUAUCUGAAUUAUGCAGACUAACACUGUAAAUGUGCUGCCCCUGGUUUGAAAGAAGUGGUCUACAUUCAGGAAUCUUAGUUGAUUCUGAUAAUAAUUGUAUUAAGGGGGGCUCUAAGCAACAUUACUAGUACAACCCCACCCCCAGAUCUUUGGUCACUGCCUUACAAGUUGAAUGAAACUGACCUUUAAUAAUAAUAAUGUGGAAGGAAGUGUGAAUUUUGUUUUCACAAAUUUGGCUAACCUAGUGAUAGUUGAGUAGUGAAGUUGUAAACAAUUUGACGUGAAACUGGGGACCCUAGGUGAUAUAAACUGCUACAGCAAGCUGUAGUGGUUAACUUGCUUAUUUUGUCAUACAUAAGCUGUAGGGGGUUACGGUAAAGCAUAGUGCAGCUGCUUAAAGUUUGUGAUACAUGGCAUUGGUAAACUAAGGAAGAUAUAGCAAUUGUUAUUUUCAGGACAAUAGGUUCCCUUUAUGGCUGCCUAUGCUAGAUUCAUGUAAUGACUACCCAGACAACUGUACACUUAAUAUAGUUAAUACAAGAGAUGUAUAAAGGAUACAUAUAGUCCUAUAUGUAAUGGUUAUGAUGCUUUAGUGAAUAACACUGUGUGUUGGUAUUCAUAUUUGUGUUGAAUUUUGGUUUCGAUAAUAUUUUAAUGACGUACACAAGAAUCAUCAUAAGCACUGCAUCUUAUUGUAGUGGUUUGGUUUUAGGAGGCUAUUGUUUUCGUUAAUUUUCAAACAAUUGGAAAGGUACUAAUGAGAAAGUUCAUUUGUUAUAAUUAUUUGUAUGACACGAGCAGAACGUGCAAUAAGAGGCUGUAAACACAUGUGUAUAGGAGUAGUAAGCUCCACUUAUAGAGAUUCUAUUAUAUUCUAAACAUUAUAGUGCACUCUGGUCCUGUGCCCCUCCCUCCCUCCACAGCACAGUGAGGGAUGAAAAAACUUUAUUUACUCACCCGAUUCCAGUGCUGAUGUCCCUCAUCCUCUGGGAGUACCUAAUGCGGAUGCGAGCACAUUACAUCCCCCUAAUUGAAUCAAUGGUUUCCUAUGGGGAUAUCCCUGACGCUGAAUUCCAACAUUAUUUAGGGGACCCAGAGUCCAAUAAACUCAGGAAGCGCCUCUAGUGACUGUUUAGUAGACAGGUACUAAAGGCUGCCUUAGUACUGCAAUUGCAGUUUCUCAAAAUCUGCAAUGUUUUACAUUGCAGGACAAAGAAUGACAAGGACACUGCACCCAAACUACUUCAAUGAGCCGAAGUGGUCUGGCUACUUAUAGUGUUCCUUUUAACCCCUUAAGGCCAUGUGACAUGUCAUGAUUCCCUUUUGUUCCAGAAGUUUGGUCCUUAAGUGGUUAAUCACCGCAACCUUUUGUUGUGGCAGAAUCAAUAUUAACCAUUUCGUAGUACUGUCACUGACAUUAGCAAAUUCCUUCUGUGCCUCAGUGCUUACAAGUUCUUUUUGAGGCCCCCAUCCACAUGAAAACAAUGUUAACAAAAAUAAUAGAACUUCAUUCACAGCCUCCUAGCACCAUAACAUUUGCUGAAGUAGUUAUAUAUAAUUAGUUACAUUCUCUAAGCAGAGUUUUUCUUUUAGACUCCGCUUCAAUGGAUACCGACUUGUAUGAUGAGUUUGGUAACUACAUCGGGCCAGAACUGGACUCUGAUGAUGAAAAUGAUGAUGACAUGGGGAGAGACGACAGGGAUGCUGAAGUGGUAAGAUGUUUUUAGUAAAAACAUAUAAAUAUGAUUUGUACAGAAUGCGUCACAAUGAGCAUUAACAGUAUUAAUAAAAUCCUCGUGAGCAUAUUUAUAUAACAAACAGGAUCUGGUCAUCUUGUUGCAAUGAUUUCAAAACUAUAGCCUGUGGACUCGUGGCACCCAGGAUCUCAAAAUGUGGUUCUGAUCUGUCGAUGGCGAUGCAAGUGAACGUUAUCCGUUACAGGAUUCGUAAAUAAAAUUGUUUGUGGAAAUUCAAUGUUAGAGUGAAAUUUAUCAGUGAAUAUUGAAAUUCAAGUGCAGUAGGUAAUGGUGAAGCUGGGUGAAAUUAACUUACUGAUUGACCAAUAUGAAUGGUGAAGAAAUUAAGUACGGGAUCCUGAUUGUAAACAAUAGAUCUAUUGAACCAAUAGGAUUCCAGGGAUUCACAUUAGAAUUCCAGCAGAGUUCCUUUACUGAUAAAUAAGAAUUGCCCUGAUGUCUUGGUUGAAUUACUGUGAUCUUAGCAAGUCAAAAAGUCACAUUGGCCAAUGACUGCGAGUUUCCUUUCUUUUAUUCAGUGCUAGCAAUUUAUGCAGUUUCACGCAUUACAAGUUUUUUACCUCUUAUGUUUGGCUGGUACAAACUGAUUCAUCAAGUGAGGACGGUAGGGCUUGUACUAUUCCAUCUCUGAGGGCAGGUAAACUACAAAAAUAAAGCGAAGGUAGGAAGAAUGUCUGAUAGACCAUCAGUAGCAAGCAGAUUUAGACUUAAGGAAUUGUUUUUACAGCACUCUGAAUCCACUUGUAUUGCUGAAAGUUAUAGCAGCUGCUAUUUGUAAAAUCAUCUUCUUUGUGAUGCUCUCCCCUCCCCUCCCUUCAGUUAGUAUGGAUGAUGGCGAUAUAUGAGUUGUUUACCCAUCCUAAGAUGUCCCUUUAAACACCUGCCUGGCCUUUCACAAUAGCAUGUACUUUUUUUUUAAAUUAUUUUUAUUUAUUUAUUCCUAAUUGGAGAGUGCUUAACAGUUUAUUUGUAUCUUAAGAUUUUCAUCCAUACUAAUAACUUGUAUCGUACAACUAUUUCUAACUCCAUUUUCCACCUUGGUACCCUGGCUGCAGGCUGAAGAUGAUGAGGAUGAUGAAUACAUGGGGGAUCCAGAUGAGGACCGUACAGGGAUGGAAGUUGUGCUUCAUGAAGAUAAAAAAUACUACCCCACUGCGGAGGAAGUAUAUGGCCCUGAAGUAGAGACCAUUGUACAGGAAGAGGAUACCCAGCCCCUCACUGGUGAGAGCGCCAUCAUAAUUAGAAAACUAUUUCAACUUCUCUUACCCUUACCUGCUUAGUACAAAGUCACUGGCUACAGUUUCUUGCGUUUUCUGUUAUGUUAAAUGGAUCCAUAUAUUUUUUUUUUUUCCUUACAGAGCCGAUUAUUAAACCGGUUAAAGCAAAGAAGUUUUCUAUGAUGGAGCAGGGUCUACCAACUACAGUGUAUGCAAUGGAGUAAGUGCCCAGCUUCAAGAUUUUUUUUGGCAGUAGCAGUGGGGGUUGGGGUAUUCACUCACUUCAUUCAUAAUCAUCCUUGUUGUCCAUAGCUUCUUGGCUGAUUUGAUGGACAACUCUGAACUCAUUCGGAACGUGACCUUAUGUGGACAUCUCCACCACGGAAAGGUAAAAAUAAAAUGCUGUUACAGUUUUUACACAGUUGUGAGGGCAAGGUUCAAUUAUCUUACAUUUAAUGAAAUGUUUGCCAUUUAAGACCAUAUUAACCUCUGCUUUUAAAAUAACCUUGUCCUAAGUGUUCUUUGGCUUGACAAUGAUCCUGCAGGGGUCAAAACUUUGUCAGGUCAUCACAACAUAACUAUCUAUCUAGUUUGUUGGAGAUAUAGUGUCCAUAGUCCAGGGCUCAAACAUUCCACACAAUGAGCAUGCUUUAAAACUCCCAGGCUUGCAGUGGGAAGUUACUUCUAAGACCUGGCUAGUAGCCCAAGACUUGAAAAUUUAAGACCAGUUAUAGUCACUGUGACCUGUUAUGAAAAAGUAUUUAUAUGAGAACUUUGAUAGCCACCAAGUAACUUGACAUCCUCAGACAUAUCCAGAGCAAAUAGACUGAAAUCUCCCAAAAGAACAGAAAAGUUGCUUUUCACAACUCCACAAUACAAUAAAUACAGAGCAUUAGUAAGUACUGACUGUCACAGACCCUUCUGGAAAAUGUUGUUCUAGGCAUCAACAGCAUCUCAACAUAAUGAAGAUACCAGCUGUAUUCCUCUCACAAAACAAUAAACUGUCUACAAUCAAGAUGUCAAUAUACUCCUUGUUACUCAUGUUAAGGGUAGCACAUCCAGAUAACUCUGUGUUUAAGCCAACUAAUAAGCCCCUCAUCUAAAAUAGAUAUGUAAAUAAUUUAAUUUACUCAAAAAGUCUGAUGGCUUGUCACGAACCCUUUGUUCGAUUUCACUUCCAGAAACAAACCAGUAAUUCCUUUAAUAGUAAGCUUGUCUGAGCAUAAACAAAUACAUUUUUACUGAAAGGAAAAAAAUAUUACUUGUUUGGCUAACGCUAUAGUGUUUCUCACCCUAGCUCUAACUAGGUGGCCCUUCUUCCCGUUUAAGAUGAUAAAUGAAAAGUUUUUUUCCUUUUUUCCAGCGCCGUGGUUCCUUCAUUGAUAUGAAGUGGUCAGGGUGACUAUAGUAUUCUGUGAAUUUUAUUGAUCUUUCUUAAAGGAACACUAUAGUCACCUAAAUUACUUUAGCUAAAUAAAGCAGUUUUAGUGUAUAGAUCAUUCCCCUGCAAUUUCACUGCUCAAUUCACUGUCAUUUAGGAGUUAAAUCACUUUGUUUCUGUUUAUGCAGCCCUAGCCACACCUCCCCUGGCUAUGAUUGACAGAGCCUGCAUGAAAAAAAAAACUGGUUUCACUUUCAAACAGAUGUAAUUUACCUUAAAUAAUUGUAUCUCAAUCUCUAAAUUGAACUUUAAUCACAUACAGGAGGCUCUUGCAGGGUCUAGCAAGCUAUUAACAUAGCAGGGGAUAAGAAAAUCUUAAUUAAACAGAACUUGCAAUAAAGAAAGCCUAAAUAGGGCUCUCUUUACAGGAAGUGUUUAUGGAAGGCUGUGCAAGUCACAUGCAGGGAGGUGUGACUAGGGUUCAUAAACAAAGGGAUUUAACUCCUAAAUGGCAGAGGAUUGAGCAGUGAGGCUGCAGGGGAAUGUUCUAUACACCAAAACUGCUUCAUUAAGCUAAAGUUGUUCAGGUGACUAUAGUGUCCCUUUAAUGCAACUGGAGAGGGUCUAGGUUAUUGCCUGCAAGCAUUAGGUGUCCGAAUCUAAUUCAUAUUACAUUAUUUGUUUAUUAAGCAGGGUCUGUUUUUCAUAUUUAAUUGUGGCAUUAAAUAUGAACUAGAGAUCAUGGGGAAAAAAAUGUCCUAUUGUUUGGGCAACUAUAGUUAUUCACAACAAAAAUCACACUAGAGUCAUAAGUGUUGACUUUUACAGUAUAUGUUAUGGCUGACCAGUUCACCAUUUCCAGCCCUUACAUGAAUCUUAAACCACUGAAAUAUGUUAACAAUAAAUCUCUUUAAUAUAAAUAUUUUCAUCUUAAUACAACAGUAUUCAUUUCAUUGGAUUUUUGGGUGGAUUUAAAAAAAUAAAUAAAUUUGUACUGUACUUUCUAUAGCUGCAAACCAAUUGAGCGAUCCGAUUAGAGUUUUGUUGCUUUGCUCUUCAGGGACCUUCUGUGAAGUUCUGUGAGCUUCAAAGUCUAAAACAUUUUUGAUUGUCUUGCAAUAAAGUUCUUUUGGUUUAAUAUUCUGUAUGUUUCUUACACUGCAAAAGUGUGACUUCACAGUGCUAGAUUAAAUAAAACAAGAUCCCUAGCUGUUCCAGAACUACAACGCCGGUGAUGCCCUGGCAAUACUAAGGCUGUCCGUGCAUUAAAGGAUUUGUAGUUUUGCUUGCUGCUAGGUAUCUGCAUUUUGGGCCCAUUGUAUAUCUGGUGGUUGUUUAAUAUUAAUCUGAUUAUGGUGUCCAUUUCCACAGACCUGCUUUGUAGAUUGCUUAAUUGAACAAACUCACCCAGAAAUUCGGAAGCGUCAUGAUCAGGAUGUAAGUAGCAUUGCUUCCUCUCUUUUAAUGUAAAGCAGUACGUAUUCUAUUGAGAGCUCAGUUGGCCAGUGCACCAAUUGUUGUACCAUAUCACUUUGUUUUACAAGUUAUAUUCCUAUCCACGUCCAUUUAACGAGCAGCAUUAAUGUCUGUUCACAUGCCUAGGAUUUAAAAUAAAUAAAGUGGGAAGGGGUAGAAUGUUCUAAAAGGUUUUAAAAACCUUAUGUGGAUAACCACUCUCCAUAAUAUAUAUCUCCUUCUUAAAAGAAAACUAGUACUUGUUACUUUUAUCUAUUAACCAGGUUUUCUGUUUUGUUAUAGCUCUGCUACACAGACAUCUUAUUUACAGAACAAGAGGUAAGAGAUGUAAUUAUUAGCUCAUCUUGAUUUUUGAGCAAACAUUAAACUAUUAUUUUUUUUAUUUUAUUUUUGGCGGAGUAUUAAUUUUCUGUCCCUGUCAUGCAAAACGUUCCUUCUUCAUGUUUGUAUUGUUUGCUAAUUGCCCAGAUCCAAAACGCACCUUUUGCCGUUCAUAUUAAUGAAGUAGGCAAGCAAUUGACAGUGAUUUAUGGCCUGUCUCUUUACACAUUUCAAUCAAAUCAGUCAAGUUGCUGAUUCAUAAAGGGACUAUCCUGGGUAUAUUUUACCAACCAAUUUUUAGUACAUUAUUUAACUGUACUCUGUUGUUGUUGUUUUUUUAUUAUUCAAUUUUUUUUUUUUUCUAUUUUUUUUUUAUCCCUUUCUUCCCUUUGAUAUGAUUAUUGAUCAGUUAUGAUGGCGGAUGUGAUCCUUACAGGAACUGUCCUGGUCCCCCAAUGCUGUCCUUGAUUAAAGGGACAUUCUAAGCACCAUGUGACCUUUUAACAUGUUUUCUGUAUUCUCGUCUCCUAGAGAGGGGUUGGUAUUAAGAGUACACCUGUGACCAUCGUUCUUCCCGACACAAAGGACAAAUCUUACCUGUUCAAUAUUAUGGACACACCAGGUAAGAUGACACCUAUCUUGCUCUAUCUUGAUAGUUACAUUACACUCCCUAUCUGAUGUGAUUGGCUUACAGGAAGAGCUAUUAUAGACAUUUCAAGGCAUAAACAUCUGCUGUGGCUGUAGUGGUUAUGUUGAUGGGAGUGUCCUAUAGUGUACCUUUACUGUAAACAUUUUCCGUAAUCUGCUUCUGUGAAUAUUCUUUAUUUGCCACAUUUUAAUUGCUUAAGUUGACUUAAGUAGAACUGAAGAAAAAUGCAGAUUGUUUUUAGCACAUGAGAUUGGGAGUAGUAAAUGAACCUUUAUAACUGCGAGCACGUCUCUUCUUGUAUCACCAGGGCAUGUGAAUUUCUCAGACGAGAUAACUGCUGGAUUUCGGAUCUCCGAUGGGGUAGUGCUCUUCAUUGAUGCAGCAGAAGGGGUAAGGUUAUUGAAUAUAUGGAUAUUUAUAUCAACGCUCAAAUUUUCUACUAGCCACUGGCAAGUGGUAAUCACCGCUGGUUGAACAUGCGGUGGCCAGCAAUUUUUAAAGACUAGCUAGUAGCAUAGGAUUUCAAAUGUUAUGCUUUGUGUAUAUUUAGAUAGGGUUUUGUAUUUGGGCUAAUAUAUUGGGGUUUUUUUUUUUUUUAAUUUAAAGAAUGCCCAGGAAGGUGCUAACAGUACCGUCCUAUACAUAGAUAAGCGUUUGUUACAGGUUUGGUUUGAAAGUGCUGCGGAAUAAGCUGGCGCUAUAUAAAUCCCAAUAAUAAUAAUAAAUAGGAAAUAGAGAGAUGGCAGACUAAUGAGAUUUUAAUGUUUUCUUCCAGCCUAUUCCAAGUUGUGUAGCUCUGUGUGGGAAAGUGGCAUGAAUCAUUUGCUUGUUGUAAUUUAGAAAGGAAAGUAACGUGCUUUAACUCUGCUUAGGUUGCCUUUAUACAAUACAUGUAAAUAAUACGUAAAAUAUUUAUUUUUAACAUUCGUGUUCCUUCGAGUAGUCGUCGUGGGCAUAUUUACAUAAAAUCAAGCUAUCUGACGGUACUACAAGAUAUGUAAAGGUAUAUGGUGCACACAGUUUCUGGGUCUUGUAAUGAUGAAUAUUUUUUUCACACCACCUCCUCUUUGUGACACAGCUGUCUAUUCUGACGUUUUCUUUGGCAGGUGAUGCUGAACACAGAGCGCCUGAUAAAGCAUGCAGUACAGGAACGCUUGGCUGUCACAGUCUGCAUCAACAAGAUAGAUCGACUCAUUCUGGAGCUUAAGCUGCCUCCUACAGAUGCCUAUUACAAGCUGCGUCACAUCGUGGAUGAGGUUAACGGCUUACUGAGGUAUAUCAUGCCUUUCUACUGUGCACCUUCCUAUGAUACACUGCUGGGGGAUGUACAAAUGUUAUAUCCCGUCCACCUCCUUUAUGGAUUAUUACACAGCAGUCUGACAAGUGAGUCAACACUUCCCACUGAAUGUGUCAUGCAGCUGUGGAAUUGAAAAACCACAUGCCCAAAAGUCUAUACUUCCAUAAUGCAUAUUCUUUCUCACUAAAGUCAACCCUCCCCAUACAGUACAAGUAAAGACUGCACUUUUAUUUUUAGGUGAGCACUAUGCACACCUAUGCAGGUUUUUUUUAAACCUUAUUAAUGUUCUUUACAUUUUUAAAAAAUGAUUUAGUUUAGCGCUAUAAGCCCACCUCUUCUGCUUCCCCUGCCAACCAGCAAUGUUCCCCCAAAAUAUAUAGUUGUAGAUAAUGUUUAAUUAAGGUUGUCUUGAAGUUGAAGUCCAGCUGUUGGCUUUCUAUAGAGGAAAGCUGACAGUGGAACUAUAUCUUAAUUAAAGGGAUACUAUUUGCACCCAGACCGCUUCAGCUCAUUGAAGUGGUCUGGGUGUAAUGUCCCUGUCCCCAUAAUCCUGCAAUGUUAAUUAUUGUAGUUUCUGAGAAACUGUAAUAAUUACGUUCAAGACUAAGACUGCCUCUUGUAGCUGUCAGACAGUCACUAGAAGCCCUUCCUGCUUGCUAGGUGACUUUUGGUCGCAUAACUGGUGUUGGAUGUCCUCACGGUCUGCAUGAGGACAUCCAGCGUCCGUAAAAUCCUCAUAGAAGGCAUUGCAGGUGGAGAGGGUGUGCAGAGGGAUGUAUGGUUCUAGGAAUCCAGAUUUGUAUUUCUAGCACUAUAGUAUCUCUUUAAACUCUUGAAGUGCCAAUAAAUCUCAGUAGUAUAUGUCUUAAAGGGUUAAAGCCUAACUGGGUUCCUUGGACACAGUUUGAAAACUUGCUGUAGUGUGUUGGUGCUCGGCUUCUCCAUUAAAGUAUUUUAGAAUGCGUUAUAUUUAUAUAGGAAUGAGUCAUAUACAGCUUGGAUUGUCCUUUUAAUGCCUUCACUAUUUUAGAGAAUGAAAAUAUUUUGAAAGUAAAAUGAUGCUCUUCCAUGUUUGUGCUCUGUGAGUAUAGAUGAUGGCUUUCUCUGACUCUUUUUUUUAUUUUAUACCUUUCUUGUAGCAUGUAUUCGACAGAUGAAAAUCUUAUUCUUUCCCCCCUCCUUGGGAAUGUGUGCUUUGCCAGCUCACAGUACAGUAUCUGUUUCACCCUCGGCUCAUUUGCCAAAAUCUAUGCUGACACAUACGGUGAGUAUAUCAGAAAUGAAAGACCGACUUUAUAUUCUGCCAUUAAAGGGACACUAUAGUCACCAGAACAACUACAGCUUAAUGUAGUUGUUCUGGGGAGUACAAUAGUUCCAUUCAGGCAUUUUCAUGUAAACCCUGCCUUUUCAGAGAAAGCUGUCCUUUUUGUUGUUAAUCUUUUUAUUUAUUUUCUGUGAGGCAGGUGACAUAAAUUAUCAAGAGUUUGCAAAACGACUAUGGGGUGACAUCUACUUUAACCCAAAAACGUAAGUACCUUGUAAUAUAAAGCUGGACAUAAGUCCUGGUAAUCUCGAACAAAGUAAUAUAUUUUAGUAGUAGUGGUUGUUGUAUUAGUGAUUUAAAAAAAAAAAAUUUUUUUUUUAAAUAUCACAAACCUUUUUUGCAGGGCAUUACAAUUAUACUGUAUGUAUAAUCUAUAACAAGUAUCAUCUGAUAUUUUUCUUUUUUUUUUUUUCUCUAAACCCUUGUAUUUAAUUACAUUGGUAGAACUGGAUAGGCUAUAAUUAAGAAUUUGCGGUACUUGUAGUUAAAUGUCAGCCAGGAUGUUAUUAGUCAACCAUCUAGAGCAGGGUUUUCCAAACUCCAGCCCUCCAGAUGUUGUUGAACAACAAUACCUAUGAUUCUUUGAAUUAAAUAGCCAGAGAAUCAUAUGUGUUGUAGUUUAGCAAUAUCUUGAGGGUCAGAAUUUGGAGAACCUUGAUUUAGAGCAUAGUCUUGCUGUGCUACUCAAAAACUACAUUCUAACAAGCCACUAGGGGGCAGCCUGAGGCAAGGUUUGCCAGACUAGUGAAACCUAUGAUGUUUUGUCAAAAUUAGCUUUAAAUACGAUUCUAUUAUUAACUACAAGUCAGUGCCUGGCAGGAAGCUCUUUACCUGCCUUGCAUCUCCUUCCGAUGGUUAUAACUCAGUUUAUGGCUCCCCCCAUCUGUUGUAUAGCUUCCUGUUAUCGGACUUUCAUAAGAGCCAUUUUUGGACGGGGAGUGAUUUGAUUUUGUUUCUGAUUUAUUUUUUUUUUCUACAGUAAUAAGAUCUGUAUAACAUAGCUGUGAUGCUUGUAUGCUUCUAACUUAUCCUUGGAUAAUGUUAUUCUAUUUUAUUUAAUUUUAUUUUAUUUUUGCACGCUAAUGCACAAUUGUUGUAAUUCAUGUUUUCCAUCUCUUUCCAGCCGCAAGUUCACCAAGAAAGCCCCAACCAGCAGCUCCCAGCGCAGUUUUGUAGAAUUUGUCCUUGAACCACUUUACAAGAUUUUGGCUCAGGUCAGCACUGGUGUUUUAUUUAUUGAUAUGUGUGUGUGUGUAUGUGUGUGUGUGUGUGUAUAUAUAUAUAUAUAUAUAUAUAUAUAUAUAUAUAUAUAUAUAUAUAUAUAUAUAUAUAUAUAUAUAUAUAUAUAUAUAUAUAUAUAUUAUUUGUGUAAGGGGCAAAUAGCCGUAUAUGGAGUAAGGAUCCAGCAUAAGCGUAGGAUAGUAUAAAGGGAGCAAGUCGGUUGUGGUGUGCCGAGACCGACGAUACGGUAGGCCUGUAAAUAAAGAGGGCCCACCAAGGAGUAAGAAAGUAAAGUAAAUGGAAAGAAAAGAGAAAGUGUUGAAAUGAGGAGUGGGUGGGAGGGUCAUUCUGAUUCUGACCUCAAGCGAUAUGAGUCAGGUAAGGGGUGUCCCUUAUAUAGGGGAGUGAAUUAAUUUAAGCCCCUCCCACAAAUACAGGCCAAACGGCCUUAAUACUUGUGUAAGGGCAAAAUAGCCGUAUAUGGAGUAAGGAUCCAGCAUAAGCUUAGGAUAGUGUAAAGGGAGCAAGUCGGUUGUGGUGUGCCGAUACCGACGAUACGGUAGGCCUGUAAAUAAAGAGGGCAAAAAUGAAUAAUCAAAGAUUUAAUACAGUCAACAAAUAUAUACAAAUUAACCAGACAUUUCCUUAAAAGCAUUACAGUAUUUAAUUCCUGAAAGGAUUUUGAAGGUAGGAAUCUAGGACCGAAAGUGGACACCAUUUGUUGUGGGUAGGAUAGUAUGUUAUCUCUACUGUUGGUGCGUGUUGACUCGUUUCGGAAUGUGAUAGAGCCAAUAGGUAAUGAUAUAUGUGUUUACGUACGUGGGAUCGUUGAAGACAAUGAUCUGUCUGAGUGGUGGUGAUGGUAGUGGAUUCUCUGGCCUGAGAAAGGCAUAAAAGGCAAUGUGCAUAGCUGGUAAUGGCCGACUUGGUAGUGUAAUUGAAUGGUUGUAGAUCUAAUAUAUAUAAUAUAUUUUUUUAUUAUUAUUUUUGUCUCCUCUUAUUUUGUAUAUUUCUUUCUGGUGUUUAACUGUCUCUGGUUUCCAUUAUUCUGCAGGUUGUAGGAGAUGUAGACACUACUCUACCACAGACCUUGGAAGAGUUGGGUAUCCAUCUAACCAAAGAGGAAUUAAAAUUGAACAUCCGGCCUUUGCUUAGACUUGUCUGUAACCGCUUCUUUGGAGAGUUCACAGGUAAGUCAUAGUAGCACAGCAGUUUAUCUGUCUACCUCCAUCUCGUUGUUGUUGUUUUUUUGUUCUAACCUCAGUUUAACCACCCAGCCUUUUUUGCUUCCGUCUCACUGCCAUCUUUUUUUCAAUAGGUUUUGUUGAUAUGUGUGUCCAGCAUAUCCCUUCCCCCAAGGCUGGAGCUAAAGCGAAGAUUGAACACACCUACGCUGGAGGCAUUGAUUCUGAGCUGGGAGAGGGUAUGGGUGAAUGUGACUCUGAUGUGAGUAAGGACGAGACUUUGAUGAACAUAUUAUUGUAUUACAACUAUGGCAGUGGGACUUUAUUUUUAUAAUCUUAUGUUGUUUCACUCCAUUAGGGACCCUUGAUGUGUCACACCACCAAGAUGUACAGCACAGACGAUGGUGUUCAAUUCCAUGCAUUUGGACGGGUGCUUAGUGGGACAAUCCAUGCUGGGCAACCAGUAAAGGUACUUGGAGAGAACUACACACUGGAAGAUGAGGAGGAUUCCCAGAUCUGCAACGUAGGAAGACUGUGGGUGUCUGUGGCAAGGUGAGUGUGUGGAUUAGCAUGUGAGGCAGAGAAAAGUAGGACCUAAACUCUUUAAUGUGAUCUCAGUAUUUCUAAUUUUAUUUUAUUAUAUCUGUUUUGGUGAACCGUGACGGUGCUGUUCUCUAUCCAACUCAAUGUGACCUUUCUCCCUCUGCAGAUACCACGUCGAAGUAAACAGAGUUCCAGCUGGUAACUGGGUGCUGAUUGAGGGGGUGGAUCAACCGAUUGUGAAAACGGCUACCAUCACUGAACCUCGGGGAAAUGAGGAGGUAAAGAGCAGGGCUAGCAAAGGACUCAUCUUACUUGUAUUUUGAACACUUGCUAAGGAGCUAUAAUUAUUGACUCUUCUCACAUAUAUAUAUAUUACCAGACCGUAGUAAUUUCAAUGCACUCUUGGUAUGCUUUUUUCCCAAAAAAUGUACCUAUUAUAUUGUAGGAAUGUGAAACUUGUUCACGUAGCUAAGGUUUUGCUCUAGCAACAGGUCACGUUAGAAAUAUAUUGUACAAGUGCUGUUCGUGCUUUGAUGUCUGUCAGCUUGUACUGAAAUUAGAACCGGUACAUCUUAGAUUUCCUUUCAAUUCCAUUUUUUGAAUCUUCCUUUAAAAUCCUGAAAUAAGCUCGUAAUUCUUGGGUGUUUUAAAGGAAUAAUGUUAUAGUUUUGCUUCUUUUGUCAUUUUAGGCGCAGAUCUUCCGGCCGUUGAAGUUUAACACCACGUCUGUGAUUAAGAUUGCAGUGGAACCAGUUAACCCAUCAGAGUUGCCUAAAAUGUUAGAUGGGUUGAGGAAGGUCAACAAGAGCUACCCUUCUCUCACUACCAAGGUACCCUUUCCAAAUGUUCCUGACAUUUAGCUUGUUACAGCAUCUGCAGCAUUCUUCAUUACCUUAAUGCACCAUCCCUCACCUUCCAUACCACAACGUACAGUUGUCCUACCUCAUGGUCUUUACUUCCUGAUGGUAAUAACCAGGUGUUGGCUUUCUGUGCUUCAGCCCACACCCUUCAUCUUAUUCCUUACUAUAUCUUCAACUGCUGUUGUACUCUGUUCAUUAAUCACAUAGCAUUGCAAAAUGCAUUAAACAGGAUAUAAUAAUCUGUCCCGCUGUGUUGUGGAUUUGUGUUUUUUGUUUUUGUUUAGUAAUAAAAUUGCAUGUUCACCUUGGUGAAGUAUCUCUUUGCUUGUAGUAACUAGAGGCCUACAUGUCCCCUUUACACCAUUAAUUAGUUUGGCCUUAUCUGUUCUUGUUUGAUAACAGGUUGAAGAGUCUGGUGAACAUGUUAUUUUAGGCACAGGAGAGCUGUAUUUGGACUGUGUAAUGCACGAUCUCCGAAAGAUGUAUUCUGAAAUUGAUAUUAAGGUGAGAAUUGGAGUAAAUGAGUGCAGAGAACAAAUGGGUGCUACCCUGAGGACAUGGCUAAUAUUGUAAUGGUCUUUCAGGUAGCAGAUCCCGUGGUCACCUUUUGUGAGACUGUGGUGGAAACGUCUUCUCUGAAGUGCUUUGCUGAAACCCCAAAUAAGAAGUAAGAACCUGGAAUUAUAUUUAUAUCCCAGCUGGGAAGACUCUUGAGUAAUCUCUUAUCAACCAGCUGCUUUCUUUUGUUCCUUGCUCCAUAUUUCUCUUUCUCUAUUUCUGUUUAUUUUUUCUAUCUUUCCAUAUCACGCGCUGUUAAAAAAAAAAAAAAAAAAAGCAUACAAAUUUGUUCUCUUGUUUGCAGGAAUAAAAUCACAAUGAUCGCAGAGCCCUUGGAAAAGGGUCUGGCUGAAGACAUUGAGAAUGAAGUAGUGCAGAUUUCCUGGAACAGGUGAAAUUUGGAAGCUGGGUCUGAACUUUGUAGAGAAAAUAGAAUAGAUUAGCUCUUGAAGAAAUGAGCAUUGUAUGGUGUGAUGUCAAAUGGAAGACGAUGUUUGUUUUAUACAAACCCAUUUGCUUUAUUUGCAUAAAAUAAUUUGACUUUAUAUAGAAUUUAAUGCAAUAUUCGGUCACAUCCAUUGGUCAUCAACCAUACUUUGUAUGAAAAUUAUUGAAUAUUUUUUUAAUGAUUUAUUUUAAAGUCUGUUUCUGGUUUUAACUUCCUCUGUGUGGAGAUGCUUCACAAAAAUAGUAUUUCAUCAUAAUCCCAAUGUUCAUGACCGGUCUUGUCGAGCAUAAAAUAAGACAAGCUAUUAAGACAUUGUUCAGGAAAGCUACUACCAUGUUGAUAAAAGACUGGCUUCAGGGCCAUCAUUAAUAUUGAUUGGACCAUGGGCAAGCAUUUGCUUGGGUCCUCCUCGACCCUUCCCCGUUUGCCACGCAUUAAAGACCCCCCUGACUGGCUGAAGUAUGAGAGGAUAUUACUAAAUUUUUUUUUGUAUCACUUUUUAUUCAUAGCAACCAUUUUUUGUCUCAACAGGAAGAAGCUAGGAGAGUUUUUCCAGACUAAAUAUGACUGGGAUUUGUUGGCUGCUCGUUCUAUCUGGGCAUUUGGACCAGACACCACAGGACCAAACAUUCUUGUGGAUGACACAUUGCCCUCUGAGGUGGGUGCCAUGAAAAGUCUUGUGUUUGUGUUUUCAGCCAGCCAAUAGAGACUUUUAUUUUCCUUAAGACCUUUGAUUUUGAAACGGUCUACGCAAUUGACAUCAUCACACACAAGCACUGCUAAUGCUUUAAGGAUUUUCAUAGACAUGCAUAGAAUUUACAGACUGCUACAAUUGCCAGACAUGCACCUUUGAUCUGCAAUUCUUCUCUGUGAGAAGCAUCUGAUGGCACCAGAGAUCCUGUAUACUGAGCUUAUCAUGCAGGUUCAGGCUGCUGAGAGGCAUCUGUACCAACACUGGUUAAUAUUUAUUUUUUAAACUUGGCAUUGUCAUUGGCUAUUAAUGUAUCUCUACCUUAACAAAGUGCCAAGUAUUGUGCAAGGCAUUGUAGGUUGCAGCACCCAGAAUAGUGUGUGUCUGGGUAUUCGAGCUCGUUGAACAGAAUUGCACAAUUUUGCCACCACAAUGUAGAGACUGCAUUUUGACAUUUCCUUGAAGUUUAUCUACACAUGCCCACUCUUCAUUUUAUUCUCACAGGUGGAUAAGGCUUUACUGGGGUCUGUGAAAGACAGCAUUGUGCAGGGAUUCCAGUGGGGGACAAGAGAAGGGCCACUAUGUGAUGAACGUGAGUAUCUGAGUGGAUUAUCUUUUGUUUACGUUUAUGGAAAUUACAAAAAUGCUAGAUUGUUUUUUUUUUUUCUUAAAAUUUCUCUUCUCUCCUCAGUCAUCCGGAAUGUGAAGUUCAAGAUCCUCGAUGCUGUAAUUGCACAGGAGCCUCUGCACCGAGGAGGGGGUCAGAUCAUCCCCACUGCGCGCAGGGUGGUGUACUCUGCAUUUUUGAUGGUACAGUUUUCUUUUCGCAUACUCUUUUCAUGUCAUCUCCAACAAUACCUUUAUUUUUUCAGCGAAAGCAAUAUACUAUUUUUGAGACUCUGACGAUAAGUACUGUCUAAACUCCUCCUAUUUAAGAUGGGCCUCCUUGAUUUAGACCUGUGUUGGAACCAAUGUAGUACCAAAGGCUUAUUUCCCCACCUAUAAUGGGAAUGUCAUAUCACCCUUUUUAGUUAUGAGACUCUUAACUCUUGAUCAAAACCUUCAGACACUUACCAGAGCACGGGAUAAAUUAGUUGUAUAAUUAUUCCUUUUCACAAGGAGGGUGAUAACGGACCUCUAGGGGAUACUCAGCAAACAUACUAUUGCUAAAGUCGUAUUCUAAAUGUGGAAGUCAGCAGAGAUGGACAAACUCGUAAACCUGUUCCAUGAUACAGUCAAACCAAUUAUAAGGUCUGGGACCAUUGGCUUCAAAGUUCACAAUUUCUACUGACCAAUAAUCCUUAACAUUCCAUUCCUACAAAAUCACAUGCUAAAACUCCACUUUUAUGAUGACAUUCUCAACUACUUUUUUUUUUUUUCUCCUCUUCUCUCUACUGUGGACCAUCUUUUUCCAGUUUUUCUUUUUUCCCUUCUAUUCAAUAUAAAUAUUUUUAUUUGUCAUUUUUUUCUUGUGCUUUCAAGUAUAAAGUUCAUUAUCACAAUUGUUCCAUUAGUUUUUACUAUUGACACUUUGGCAUUGUAGCUAUUGAUACCUCAUGUUCCUGUAAGAGUCUUUUAACCCCUUAAGGACACACGAUAUGUGUGACAUGUCAUGACCCAGGACAUACUUGAAAACGAGAGAAAUCUCAAUGUAUCUUUCCUGGUAAAAUAUUUUAUAAAUAAAUAAAUUCCAUUUUAUUCCAGAAGUUUGGUCCUUAAGGGGUUAAAAUGGCACAGUUUCUGCUCAUUGUUUAUUUUUAUGUUCUUUGCUCUUUUUCCCCCCUAUAAUGGAGUACUGCUAGUCUUAUAGAACUAGAUAAAAACAGAAUUUAAAAAAAGAAAAUAAUAAUAUGGUCUAAACUUGGAAUGAUAGUAUGCAGCUAUGAACUUACGGUUUAUCAGCCCAACUAAGACAGGAAGUACCACAGGCACCUGACAGAACAAGUGUGGUAAAAGGUUUGACUUAUUACCAGUGGAUGGCGCUCACGGUCUUCUGUCACCAUAACCGCUUUUGCACUCUGUAGUGUCUAGCGUGUCCCUUUAAAUACAUUCUGGAAUGAAAGAUUGUCAGAAUAAAAUGAUAAAACAAAUACCUCUGUAUAAACUUGUUCGCCUUCCUGCAAUAUCUCCUCCAACUGUACUAAAUAAAUCAGGAACGUAAUAACUGUUAAAUUCUACAGACUACUCAGGCUAGCUUUGUAUAAUGCAUGAAUUGUGGGCAUGCUCUGUCCUAUGUAAAUCUGAAACUGUCAUUAGGUGGAUAAACAGCCGCGACUGAUCCUCUGGAAAUUCAUAUUCCUAUGCCAAAGGGAAAAUAUACAUUUCUGCAGGGCUCGGAGCAAUAAAAUAAACACUUGAACAGAGCUGAAUGUUUUCAAAUCUCCUGUAACAAUCUCUUUUAUCAUUGAAUUACGUUACUCUCUGUACACCUGUUCCUGUCUCUCUGUAACCAUUUCUAUAUCAUACGCCUUUCACUCCGUGGGAUUUAUUUACUGUACUUGAAAUUGAUGUGAUUUGGCAAAAAAAAUGUAAAAUAAAAAUGGCAAAGUGUAGGCAAAAAUAGCUGAACUGGAAAAAAAAAACAUCUUCUUUUUCCAUGAAAUUUCUCUAUGCCCAAAUUUUGUAAUAAAGUUUUUUUUUACUUCUUUACUGUGUUCUCAUCUGACUCCUUUUUUCUCAAUUUUCCUUUUCUUCUUCCAUUCCUAACAUCCAUUAUUUAUUUAUUUUUUUCAUAUCCAGGCAACUCCACGUCUCAUGGAACCAUAUUACUUCGUAGAAGUACAAGCCCCCGCAGAUUGUGUGUCUGCUGUGUACACUGUUUUAGCCAGGAGAAGGUGUGUCUCAUCAAUUUUUCUUUUUUUUUUCUUCUUUCAAUUAUUAUUGUAAAUUAGUGUUUUAUCGCAAUCCAGGAGCACAUGUAGCAAGCAAUACAAUGGGGGACACAGGUCCGUAUGAAUAAACAAAUUACAGGUUUGUAGUCACACAGGGCUAUUAAAUUAUUUCUGGAAAUAAUAAGGAAGAAUAAGCAAAGGAGUGUCAAUUUAUUAUUUUUGUAAUGUUUUUUUUUGUCUGAUUAAGUUUCUAGUAGGUCUUUAAUCUUUUUCUCUUCCUUCCAGAGGUCACGUCACACAAGAUGCCCCCAUACCUGGAUCUCCUCUCUACACUAUCAAAGCGUUCAUCCCAGCAAUAGAUUCAUUUGGUUUUGAGACAGAUCUGCGUACACAUACACAGGGACAGGCUUUCUCUCUCUCUGUCUUCCACCACUGGCAGGUACGUUGAAAAUGUGUAAAAAGCCUUCCUGAAGAGCUUAAUGCACCUCUGUCACCUUUUUCAGGUUUUUUGCAUACCUGGUGACAUUGCCGCUUAGUGGGCUCUGGCACGGAGGUCCAGCAGAGGUGAGUUGUACUUACCUGAUGGAAUCCCUUGUGGGUCCUGCUACCUUCUUUUUUCAGCACCUGGUGCUUCAUCCACCAUGAGCCACACCAGUGCUGUACUUUUGCACAUGUACAAGAAUCCAACCCGAAUGUCCAUGGAGGGUCCCUUGAGAAUGUGCGUUCCUCCAGAGACCAUGCCCUAAGUGACAAAACUUGACAGCAGAAGCUCCACCUUUUGUCAAGUUUUGUCAACUUGAGGAUUCUACAAAAACAUUAAAGUAGUCUCUGCUUUGUCAUGUAUAUUUUGGCUGCGUAAGAAUUCCAGUCACACAGUGUUUAUGAACAUUUCAUAAAGAUUUAAUCUCUGUGAAAUUAGCAAUUUUUUAAAAUAUUUUUUGGGGGGCACCAGAGCCUCUUUAAGUGUAUAGACUAAAACAUGUUUGUCUUUGAAUUGAAAAUAACAUUGCUCUUGAAAUAUAGAGGGACUAGAGAUUUUAUGGUCCAUUCUAGUGGAUGAUCAUUUUGAAUUCUGAUUUUGUAUUUUUAUUUUUUUUAGUAAAUAUCUGGAGAGCUGCAUGCUGCAGUCCAUUUUUAGAUUUAAUAAUCUAAUUUAGCUUUAAGCUGAAAGAACACACUAUAACAAAUGAUUUCCUCUAUCUUAUGAUAGAUCGUGCCUGGAGAUCCACUGGAUAAGAGCAUUAUUAUACGACCCCUGGAACCACAGCCAGCUCCACACUUGGCCCGCGAGUUCAUGAUAAAGACAAGACGUAGGAAGGUAUGAGAAUGGGGAGAGCGUCAGAUACUUGGUCGGGAGGGCAGAUUGAUUCUUUUAAAUAUUCUUCUAGAAUAUGAAUUAAUACUUGGAUGGACCUUUUUAGUCUAUUCUACAAAAAUAUUCUUACAGGAGCACUCUCUAACAUUGUCAGAUGUAUUUCUUGUUUGCUUAGAUGUAUUUAAACUUCGCAUUGAGGACACAUGGCGCAUGACCAUUGAUGCUAAAGUGCCACUAGAUGGCAGUGUUUUCUGACAAGUGUAAUUGCUGCUGUUUCCGAAAACGGCAGUGUUUUACAUUGUUCUAUAAAAGGGACAAGAUUUAUGCAUCAAAAGCGAUUCAUUAAGAUGCGGUGGUUUUGGUACACAAUGUCCAGUUUUAAGCUAUAUUUUAAAAGCCGUGCAAGCUAUUCAUUUUGUAUAUGGAAUAUUCUUUGUUUCUACCCUGUUUUCUUCAUCGAGUUAACCAGAUACCUGUUAUUCAUGCUGCUGCCAUAACUAUACAUUUAUAGAUUUGCUUAAUAUUCUGUUUUCUUCUAGAGCAGAGCUUCCCAAAAGGCAGAUUCCCUAAUGUUGUAGAACUACAACGCCCACGAUGCUUUGCAUAUCUUGAAAAUGACAAAACUUUGUGGAAGCUGUAGUUUUUAAAACCUCUGGGGAUCCACCUUUUGGGCACCCCUGUUCUAGAGUAUAUCAAUGCUCUUCCUCUAAUCCACAAGUUAAUUCAGUAUUCCCCCUGUUUAUUUCUAUCUUCCCCUUGUUGCAGGGUCUGAGUGAGGAUGUAAGUAUCAGUAAGUUUUUCGACGAUCCUAUGUUGCUGGAAUUGGCCAAGCAGGAUGUGGUGCUGAACUACCCUAUGUGAGGAAAAUGAAUGGAAACCAUCAAGACAUCAGCAUAUUCUGGUCUUCAAUCUAUCAGAUGUCAUGCACCAUAUUCUACACUGGUUCACAACAGAAGUCUGGGUUAGUUGCCCGUAGUCCUGACCUGGCUGAUAUCAUAAGACUAUUAUUUUUUUUUCUGCUGAAGACCUGCUUAUGUGUAGAAACAUUGUGUUCCACUCAGUAAGAGGUACAAGAAGGUCCAGUGUUCUUAUUGCUUUUCUUACGGAACAGAAACGAAACUCUUAACCAUUAAAAGGUUAACAUGAUGAUGUGUACAUAUUGUUUAUUUUUACAUUUUAAAAUAAACUUUACUAUUACUUCCUGUGUUUGACUUUUCAAUUACAAUCCAUCUAUCGUCGACAACAGUUUACUAAGUGUAAAAGCUCAUCGCUGGUUGAUUUAUUUUGUCUGUUUCUUUAUUUUGACAAUCAGGGAUUGAACCAAACAUUUUGUGCUAUUUUCUCAUGCAGUCUACUUUUCUGUUGUAGAAUCACAAGAUAUAUAAUUCCUAAAAGGGACACUAGUCAACAGAACAACUAAAGCUUAAUGUAGUUGUUCUGGUGUGUAUUGCAUGUCGCUGCAGGCAUUUUAAUGUAAUGUACAUUGCUGCCUAUGGACACCUCGAGUGGCAGUCCCUCAGAUGGCCACUAGAGAUGCUUCCUGGGUGCAGCACUGACCUUCAGCGUCUCCAUGCUGAACAUUCCAUAUAAAGAUGGUGACUGGAGUAGUGUGGCGUUUGGUGCGCAUGCGCAAUAGCCUCCCAGUGCUUUACCAUGGGAAAGCAUCGGAUUGUCUGAGAUCAUCAGAAUUGAUGAUCUCAGCCAAGCUGGUAGAUCAGGGGCGGAGCCAGUGCCAUCAGACCCCUGCAGCGCUGGAAUAAAGGUGAGUAAACUCUCCUUUCACAUAGGUUACAGGUGGGCCGGGAAACCUAAAUAGUGAUAUUACAGCUAUAGUAUCAGGAAUACAUGUUUGUAUACCUGUCACUAUAGUGUUCCUUUAAGGUUCCUGCUG